UCAGAUCAUUCCAUUCAUUCAUUUAUUCAUCAUUCAGUGACCGAGAAUUAAUUUUAAGCAACAGCUGUACUACACUGCCCUCUAGUGGCAGUUUAUAACUCAGGUUAUUGAACUUGGCUUACCUGUGUUCAGGAUAUUUUGAGACUGUGAUGUUGGCACCCUUUUUUCCUGUGUUUCUUAACAAGUUUGAUGUCUGUUCUUUCUAUGGUGGCUAAUUCAGGGCUGAAAGCUAGAUACAAAUACAUAAAUCAGACAACAACCAACUAACUGACAAAUCAGGUUCUGCUGUAUAGGACGGGUAUAACCUCAUUCGUAAGGCGACCGAAAGCUGUGAAAGUGAUUCUUGCAUUACGAAGGUCAAUGUCUUCGAACGAAGAAAAUGAUGUAAUCCUCCAAACAGUAAAUAAUAAAGGAAUAAUCACAUUAAAUAGGCCAAAGGCAUUGAAUUCUCUCAAUUUGUCGAUGAUUAGAAAAAUUUAUCCCGCUAUGAAAAAAUGGGAACAUGAGAUGAAUAUGGUAAUAAUAAAAGGUGCAGGAGAGAAAGCCUUCUGUGCAGGUGGCGAUGUUAGAACUCUAGCAGAAGCAGGGUUGAAGGGAGACCAUACUGGAAAAAUAUUUUUCAGAGAAGAAUACACUCUGAAUGCUCUAAUUGGUACAUACAGCAUUCCAUAUGUGGCUCUGAUAGACAAAAUCACAAUGGGUGGAGGGGUUGGGUUGUCUGUGCAUGGACCAUUUCGAGUGGCCACAGAGCGGACUCUGUUUGCCAUGCCAGAAACUACAAUUGGUCUCUUUGCUGAUGUUGGAGGGAGUCACAUCCUACCUCGUCUAGGAGGAAAAUUAGGUUUAUAUCUUGCACUCACUGGACACAGGCUGAAAGGAAUUGACUGUCUGAAAGCUGGAAUUGCAACACAUUUUUGUGAAAGUUCAAAACUUCCAGAAUUAGAGGAGGAACUCAUCAACUGUAAAAAUCCAGAAACUGCUGUCAAAGAGAUUCUUGACAGAUCUACAGAAGUGAGUAAAGUUGAAAGUCAUGAGUUCAGCCUUGCACCACAUCUUAAACAGAUAGAGAACUGCUUCUCUGCUCCAACAGUGGAAGAGAUUCUGGUGAGGUUAAAGACAGAUGGUUCAGAGUGGGCUCUCAACACAUUGGAAAUUCUUAGCAAAGUUUCACCAACCUCAUGUAAGGUAAUAAAAAAGGAGUUGGAGGAGGGAGCCACCAAGUCGCUGCAAGAAUGCCUCAUUAUGGAGUAUCGUCUUGGUUCACACUUCUGCGACAGACUAGAAUUCUAUGAAGGUGUUCGGGCUUUGUUAAUAGACAAGGAUCAGAAGCCUAAAUGGAACCCACCAACACUGAAAGAAGUUUCACAAGACAUUGUGGAUUAUCAUUUUGAACCUCUGACACCAGAAGAAGAACUAAAGGUGUAGUUCACACAGGAUGCAGCAGAUGGCAGGAUAUUACUGUGGUAUAAGUGAGGCUCUACUUUAAAAUGUUGAAUAUUUCUUUAUCACCAAGCUGUGGUUGAUUUACAAUAAAAUAAAUGAGAAAGUAUUACAAAUUACUUUCAGUUUUGUAAUUACUAAUAAACUGAAUUCCAUGGUACAGGGUCUUUCUUAGGCAGUUCAUGGUUAUUCACUGAGCUGGUCAACAAAUUCAUGAUUGUGAUUGCAAAAACCCAUCAAGCCUUAUUAAUAUGUAUGAAACGAGUGCUACGAUGUGGCAGAUAUAAACACUGCAAGUAAGGCAAAACUACAGGACAAAAUUUUAAUAUUCUCUUUAAUGACUCUCUGCCAUGAGAAAUCUUGGCCAUGUGAGGUCCGUUUUGAUUAACCCUGUACCUGGAUCUCUGUUCCUCAAAAAUUACAAACACAUUUAAUCAGCUGCUGCUUUUUUCUUUUCUUCUCUAUCUUUCUCCCCCCCCCCCAUUUUGGAAGGCAACAGAAUGAAAGUGGGUGAUAAGUGAAAUGAGGAAUCUGAUCUGAUGAGUAAAGUAUUUAAAUUAAUCAUUACAACUUUUAAAAAGUAAGUGAAGAACAUGAUGUUAUAGGAUGGGGUUAAUAUAUCUAAUGACUUAUGAAAACAUAAAUUUGUUUUUCUCUGGUGCAAGGAAUACUACAGCUGUUCUUGUUAUGAUACUCAUAUAAAAAUAUACGUAUUUGCUCAUUGUAAUCAUGUAUUACCUAGAAUGUAUAUGGAGAAUAUUUAGAAAAUUGUGAUGUAUGGUAACUCAGCUUAAUUUGAAAGAAGGCACCUGUAUUUGACAAUGUACAUUUGUGCCAUAUUUUUGUAUACUGUUUAAAUAAAUGUUACAUCAUUUAUGACCAACCA